AUGGCUCGCCGAAUCCAACGCGAACGCGACCCCAGGAUAACCCGCAUAACCCGCGCCGAUGCCCGCGCCAACCCCGCUGUCCAAGCCGCCAUAAACACCAGCGUGCUCGCCGCCCGAGGCCUCGCUGAGCCGCCCACAUCCGCAGAAACAGCCGCCAUCGAACAAAGCGUCGUGGAUGCGCGGAACAAUCAUCCACCGCCACCGCCAAGGGAGACGAAGGAGGAGAGGCGUGUAAGGAGAGAUAAGGAGAAGGCAGAGGCUGCCAAGAAGAAUGCUGAGAGGGCUGUUAAGAAGGCCGCUGAGGCUGCUGAGGCUGAGGCUGCUGAAGCUGCUAAGGCUAUUGAGGCUGUUGAGGCUGUUGAGGCUGCAAAGGCUCUUGAGGCUGUUGAAGCUGCGGAGGCCCUUGCGGCCAUUAAAGCCGCUGAAGCUGAAGCGGCGAAGAAUAAAGGUGGCAAAGGUAGCAAAGGUGGCAAAGGUGGCAAAGGUGGCAAAGGUGGUAAGGGCAAGGAUGUGAUCAGCGACACCAAGCUCAAAAGGCGGCUGAAGGGCGUAAAGUGGGAAGAUCUUAGCGCGGAAGUUAAAGCGGAACUGCGUGCCUUCGUCGGGGCGGGAGGGAGUGUAGAGGGGUGGGAGAAAAAGCGGGCGGAGAAAGAGGCUUUGGAUAUACUUACUGAGCAAAUUGGAUAUGAGUCUUCGGAGGAGAGCGGAGAGGAGGAGAGUGGAGAGGAGGAGGGUGGACAGGAGGAGGGUGGAGAGGAGGAGGGUGAAGAGGAAGAGGGUGGAGAGGAGGGUACCGAGGAGGGAACCGAGGAUACUGACGAAGAGUAUGAGGAUGCGGAGGGUGGUACUGAGCCGGAGACCGAGAGUGAACCGGAGGUUGAGGGCGAAGAGGAGUAUGGCCCCGAUACUAUUUCUUGUCCUGGGAGUACGGAUAUUGAGAGUGGUUUGGAGAGCGACAAUGUCGAGGAGGAUGGCAUCAAAUGGCACUGUGUCAACCCGAGGUCUCCCCCUACGACUGGAAACCAGACAGCCCAUAUCAACGGCGGCAGCUCAAACACUAAAUAUUCCAGGUUGGAUCCAAAUAAGUCGUUCAGGAAGAAUGCGGUAGGGAAGAAGCGCAAGCCCGAUGACUCGCCCGAGGAAAAGCCUGCGAAGAAGACCAAGCUCGACGACUAUUCUGGCGGCAAAGUGAUUACAUGCUUUGGGCCAAUAGACUACAUUCCCAAACGUCGGGAUAUAGGCGCAAAGACAGCUGUGCCGAAAGAUCCUCCCAAGGCGAAGAAACCUUCCAAGGCGAAGAAACCCACCAAGGCGAAGAAACCCUCCGGGACGAAGCGCAAGGGCGGUGAGUUGCCCGAGCCAAACCCCUCGGGGAAGAAGCGCAAGGGCGACGAGUUGCCCGAGCCAAACCCCUCCGGCAAGAAGCACAAGGGUGACGAAUUGCCCGAAGCAAACCCCUGGAAGAGGGGUAAGCGCGAGGAGACCAUUAUCUGCAGGUUUCCAGAACUUCCGACAGCAAAGAGUAAACGUGACGAGGGCAUCAUCUGCGCCUUACCAUCAAGCUGGGGUAUCGAGCGCCGGGAGCGACGCGCGAAGGAAGCCGUAUUGGCUAACGCGGAGAAGAGCUCGGACAGGAAGCGUAAGAGUGACGAGGCGACUGAAAAGGAGUCGUCGAGGAAGAGAGUGCGUGAGGAGGAGCCGAAUGGUUCGAAGAAGGGUGCGGGUAAGAAGGUGGGGUGGCUUUGGUGAGGUGUUUGAUGAAAGGUUUGAAGUAUGGGUUGUCUGUUUGGCGUUUGAUGGGGUUGAUUUGUUGAUGUAUGAUAGAUAGUGUUUUGUUUGUUUGUUUUCAUAGAUUUGUUUACUGCGCUCGAGUUGGUGUUCUUGGGUGUUGGUUAUAGUUGUGUAUUUUGCUUUCUGUGUGAAUAGCGUUAGUUUAAGGAAUCUUCGUUUUUAUUUGGCUUACCUGACUCUGCC